AUGCCUGUCAUAUGACUGUGUGACAUCCAUGGAGACAGUUACAAGGAACACGAUUUGCUCGCGGCGGACCUGAGAGGGAAGGAAAGAGAGACGUUCCGUACCGAAUUGGCGUUCGGUACAAAAAUGCCUCCGACUCUCUUCCAGAAACUUUUCAACAAGAGGAACGCGUUUUCGUCGCCGCCUCCGAGAUGCAGCAGAGAGGACCCCGCGUUCAGCUGGCCGCUUCCCCAGCUGGAGUCCAGUCAGAUCAGGCUCAUAGUGUACCAGGACUGCGAGAGGCGUGGCAGAAAUGUCCUCUUCGACUCCAACGCCAAAAAGAGGGGCACGGAGGAAACUCCCAUCACCAGCACAGAGGGCCAGGUGAAGAUGUUCGGGAAAUGCUGCCAGCUCCGUCCCACAGGUGGCAGCAGCAGCUCCCUGGACAGCUCCUCCUCUUGCACCUCCGAAACCAAGGACACCAAAGAGCAGGGUCUCCGCUUCCAGGGGUCGAGGUGUUCGUCGGAUGUGGUAAUGUUGGGGGAAAUGAUGUUUGGCUCUGUGGCCAUGAGCUACAAAGGCUCCACACUAAAAAUCCACCAGAUCAGAUCACCACCUCAGCUGAUGCUGAGUAAGGUCUUCACUGCCAGGACUGGGGGCAGUGUGUACGGCAGCCUCAACACGUUACAGGACAGCCUGGAGUUCAUUGGACAGGACGGCAACACCCUAAGGCCCGAUCAAAACACUGGGCCCAACAGUCUCCUAGGGAACAUAGGAUUUUCUCAGCUCUGCAGCCCUCGCCGGGCCUUCUCUGAACAGGGCCCUCUGCGCCUCAUCAAGAGCGCAUCUUUCUUUUCAGGCCACAGCCACCCCAUGGACAUGCCCAGCCGAGGGCUCUACGAUGAGCGGGACAGCGGCAUCGCCAGGUCAGCUUCUCUGAGCAGCCUGUUGAUCACUCCCUUCCCGUCCCCUGGCUCCUCCCUGACCAGCAGCUGUGCGUCCAGCUACCAGCGCCGAUGGCUCCGCAGCCAAACCACCAGCCUGGAGAAUGGUGUUUUCCCCCGAUGGUCAGUGGAGGAGAGCUUCAAUAUGUCCGACGAAAGCGGGGGGCCGAGCCUCGGCGUGGCUCGGAAGAAGAAGAUCGCGAUCGGGGUCAUCUUCACGCUGUCAACCAUUCCCGAGGAGAACAACCGCUUCCAAGAUUUCUUUUUCUCCCACUUCCCUCUCUUUGAAAGCCACAUGAACAAACUCAAGAGCGCCAUUGAACAGGCCAUGAAGAUGAGUCGGCGGUCAGCUGAUGCCAGCCAGAGGGCCUUGGCCUACAGCCGAAUGGUGGACGGACUCAACGAGUUCAGGAUGACCAUCUGCGACCUCUACACCAUGCCCAGGGUGGCUGAGCCCGUCUGGUUGACUAUGAUGUCCGGGGCGUCGGAGAAGAACCAGCUCUGCGGUCAGUUCAUGAGGGAGCUCUCCCUGCUGAUGGAGCAGGCCUCCAAGAACCAAUUCCUCCCCGCCUUAUUGACGGCCAUCCUGACCAAUCAUCUGGCCUGGGUCCCCACGGUCAUGCCCAACGGGCAGCCCCCAAUCAAGAUCUUCCUGGAGAAACACUCCUCCCAGAGCGUCGACAUGCUGGCAAAGACAAACCCCUACAACCCACUGUGGGCACAGCUAGGGGACCUGUACGGGGCCAUUGGGUCGCCGGUGCGGCUGUCGAGGACCGUGGUGGUGGGCCGCAGGCAGGAGCUGGUGCAGAGACUCCUCUACGUCCUCACGUACUUCAUCCGCUGCUCUGAGCUGCUGGAGACUCACAUGCUGGACAGUGCUGAGGAUGAAGCCAUCGUCAUGCCCGGUUCCCUCAUCACCACCUCCUUAAGGAAAGGAGAGGUGGAGGAGUCGGACUAUGUUCUGGUUACUGUCCAUAAACCCAGUGGGGACUACUUGUCCCAAGGAGACAAUGGCCAUCAGAGCGAGGCGGAGGACAGCAGCUACCCUUCAGACAACAGCCUCCAGAGCAGCACGUACACAGACACUGAGGUGGGGCUUGGCGCAAGGAGGAAGACGGAAGACGAAGAAGAUGAAGACGAGGAGGACAGCAGCGAGAGUCAAGGGUCCAGGAGCAGUGUGCUUCAGAUCGAACACAGUCAGGGCACGGUUCCUGUCAUCAGGACUGCGGAAGCAGCUGAGCCUGGGGAGCUGCACCGGGAGCAUAGCAGCCCCCUGGGCACAGAGGCCCGACUGGAGACGGUGCUGUGUAUCGGCUCGGCCUCCCCCAGGGAGCAAGUCUGUGUGCUGGAUACAGAGACCAAGGGUGAGCUGAAACUCAUUGUCCCAGCCAUACCCACAGCCCUUGCAUCAAGUCCGUACCUAACUCCCACAACAGAGUGUAAAAACUCUGUGGCAGGGAUGGAUGCAGGGAUGGGGGACGCUGCCAUCAAAGUGCUGUCUCCUCGGCCUUUGGGAAUCCCACUGGAGAAGAAGCCCCCAGAUAAGAACCCGGCUGUCUCUGUGCCAGUACCAGUGACACCCGGAAACGCUGUGUCGAGGCCCAUGGCUUUGACUCUAACAGAAGAGGAGCCAGCUACGAAAGUCACUUUCCUCAUUGGAGACUCCAUGUCUCCUGAGUCAGACCCCGAGAGCCGCAGGAGGAAGGUGGAGGAGGAGUUUAAAAAGCACAAGAAACAUCUCAAGGACAAACAUCUGCUCCACCAUCAGCAGCAGAUGUAUCAGCCACAUUAUCAGCAGCCGCAGAGAGGAGCAUAUUCAAAGACCAGCACCACCAGUGCAUCGGAGGACCAAACCAAACCGACCAAGGCGGCUCCAGCCCUGCAGCGUGUGUCCAGUAAGAUGCCCCAGUGGAGCCCACAGUGUAUGGAUGAAUUUGAUGAGUAUUUCAGCCUGGAGAAACCUGUUGAGACGAGGACGAUAGACGAUGUGGCCAAACGACAGGAUGCCACCACCAUGGACAGUAUGCACAAAGACCUGCUGGACCCCUCGGAACUCCCUCAGCGUGGUGACACCAGAGAUCACAGCUUUCAGGGCGCGGUAAAGACUCAGGAUCUGGGUCUCUUUUUAGGCUUGAACGGUGACGAGGUGGGGUCCGGCAGGAAGGGAGACACUUUGUCGGAUGUCCAGAGGAGGUGCAGGUGUGGUUCUACAGACUCUUCCUCCAACACCUGCUGCUGUAGGGGCUGUUCUGCUGAGCAGGACAAGGGCCUUGUGUUGUUAGUCCCAGUCCCACAGGACAGCAACAGCAAAGCGGACCAAAAGCGCAAGGUGGUCCCGGUCAACGACUGGGAGAUACCGCGCAACGAGAGCUCCGACAGCGCGCUGGGGGACAGUGAGAGCGAGGAGGACUGGCAGGAGGAAGUGCUGGUGCCGUUCCCUGGGUCAAAACUGGUGGAGAACUUCUCAAAGCCGAGCAUCGCCAAUUUCGGCAGGUCUCUGUUCGGAGGCUAUUGCCCCACCUACGUGCCAGACUUUGUACUGCACGGGAUGCCCAGUGAAGAGAAGCUGCGGCAGAGCCUCAUGGCUGAUCUAACCCAUGCCGUUCAGCAUCCGGUGUUGGACGAGCCCAUCGCGGAGGCUGUCUGCAUUAUCGCAGACACGGACAAGUGGACAGUGCAGGUGGCUAGCAGCCAGAGGCGAGCGACCGACGUCAACAAGCUGGGGAAGGAAGUCCUGGUGUCCAGCCUGGUCUCCAGCUUAUUGCAGUCCACUCACCAGCUCUACAAACUCAACGUCUCGCCCAACUUUUGCAUAAUGCACCUUGAGGACCGUCUGCAGGAAAUCUACUUCAAGAGCAAGAUGCUUGCUGAGUAUUUGAAAGGCCAGACACGAGUCCAUGUGAAAGAACUGGGCAUGGUCUUAGGAAUCGAGUCCAGCGACCUUCCCCUGUUAGCAGCAGUGGCCAGCACUCACUCCCCCUACGUGGCCCAGAUCCUUCUAUGAGACCGCGAAGACACCGAGGUUCCGAGCAGCCCGAGGAAAACCUGUCGGACCUGGGCGGUACCGACAGCCCACGCUCUGCAGCUGACCCUCGACGUGGUUGACUGUCUCGUGGUUUCCUGUCUCGUGUGUCUGGACUCGGCAGGAUCUUUGCCUUGACUCUGAGCGGUGCACGUGUUCAUGGACCACAGGGCGGCACCUCCCUUCACUACCACUGCUGCUGAACGUGGUGCAGUGCUGCUGUUGCACCACAGUGGGAGGCCAGAGACCACAGUGCUGCAGGCGGAGUGGGGCUCUGCACACGGCCGAGACAUCUCUGGAAAAAUGACCUUCUCCUGUUGUUUGAAUGUUUCUUCUAAAAAAAAAUUAGACUCACUUUUUGGACAGGAAAGCCAAAGACUUGAUUAAUUUUCCCAGUUGAAAAUGAAACUUAAAGAUAUCUACCGUACAUUAACGAUGAAUUUUGUUUCUUAAACUCUUUUUUUUUUCUUUUCUUCCUUCUCCUGUACAAUCUUAAACCCAGUCCUACAAAAGUGACGGACUACACGUUUAAAGGUAACAGAUGGAUAUUUUUAAACUUUACUUUUGAGGAAAAUAUCAUUGAGAACAUUAUCAAUCUCAUGCCAGUUAUGUUGUUUGUCUUCAUAUUUUUUGUUUACAAGCCGAAUUUCCCUGAAAGAUCUCAACAAAUCUGACAAAUUUGAUUUUAUUCUUUGUGAAAUUGCAAAGCACACCUGACUUUUAUGCCUAUUUUUUUUGGCAGAGGUGCCCACCGUGAUUUUUUAGUUCUACAAAGUGAUUUUGAAAUGGCUAAAAGUGGCUUUGACAUUCUUAUCAUAGGUACAGCACUACCUCAGAUGUUCAUAUGGGCGGUGGACGGCACACAUUAACAGCUGCCCCAUAGAAAACCAAGAGGUAUAGUUUUUAGGAUAUUUAAAUCAGAGGAAUGUCGGCGCAGACUGUGCAGACGCGAUGCUGUGUUAUUUGAAAAAGGGAAGGCUGUUUAAUCCUUUAGGAUAAUCGUUACUAAAAAGAGGAAAAACUUUAUUUUUGCGACAGAAUGUGAUCGAGGAGGGUUUUCCUUUCUACUGUGGGAAAGCUAAAAAAUGCAUCAUCUAUGUAUAUUUUAAAACUAAAUGCUGAAAUAUUUUCACACUUUUAUAGCUUUGCCACCUUUAUACGAUGUUUACGGCUUUGUCGUUCGCUCGCUGCAGAGAGGAGACUGGAGGAGGAGCACAGUAUAGGCCUUAUAGUGGAUGUGUAUGUAUCAGUUGACACUACUGUACUUUUCAGACAUGUUUCUAUGAGUGUUAAACCCAGAAAAAAACACACAAAAUGCAAAAUACAAAACUAUAGUACCGAACCUCUUCAAAGUUUUGUUUUUCUUUUGAUUUUUCCAUUCACCCAGGGUGCGAUUUGCUGAGUGUAAACGUGAGUUUGAAACCGGUUGGCUAGUUUUUGGAUUCUCUCCUGUGGAAACUUGGCCAAUGGAGCAGUAUUUCAAAUUUCUUAUGAAUAAUUUUUGUCAUCUGUUGAAAGCAGUGGGAAUUGAUGUCUAAAGUAUUUCCUUUGAUUGAUGACAAAAUAGGAAGAGCAAAAAAACAAAAACCCUUCCCAUUGAGUGGCUGCAUAAUUAAUGAUAAACAGUCAUGUGAACUGUUGAGUUUCAUAUAUAUAUAUAUAUAUAUAUAUAAUAUACAUAUAUAUUCACAUCCAAAGGCAGAUUUAAUCUUCUACCGGUAAAAUGGUAAAUCCCCAAUUUUCUAUAAAUCCCAUGUAAGGAUUGAAACGUGGCUCAGGUUUGUUGAUGGGCUUUAUGUUCCAUGACACAUGAACGACCUCUAUUGCUAGAAAAAGCAGAAAUAACUGGCCGUGUGAAGCUGAGAGGUGGAAAGGCAUUUUAUUUUUAUUUUUCUGUCUUUGCCAAAUCGCACCCUGAUUAUAACCCAAGUCUUAACGGAGAAGGGGCACGAAGGUGUCGCAGGCUUCUGUGGAGCUCAUUUUGCUGUUAAAAUUGAUAUAUACAUGCUUGUUGUUACUGUAUCCAAGAUGCUCCGCUAUAUCAGCCUAUGUUUUUUUGUACAACCAGCCAUGAUGUUUAAAAGGUUAUGAAUUUAUAUCUGCUCGCCCAACCCCUCUUUGUAUAUGAAUAAAUUAUUUAGUUGCUCUGGUGUGUGUAAACGGUUCGUGUAAACUGUACAUACUCAAGUUAAUUUCCAUGUAUUUUGUACAGAAUGCCUUUUAAGAAUUGUCUCCUCAGAUUAUUUUUUUUUCUCCCAAUUUUAUGGGAAUGUUGUGCAAUAAAGAUGCCGAUGUUGAGAAAUUA